AUGAAAUUAGAAUCGUUGGCUAACGAAUUAUUACUCGAUGUAUUUGAAUAUCUUGAUUUUCUCAAUAUUUUUCGUGCUUUUCAUGGCCUUAAUUAUCGUUUUAAUCAACUUAUUUUCAAUGAACGUCAAGUACAUCAUCUAGAUUUUCGUUCGAUAUCAAAAUAUGAUUUUGAUAUUAUUUGUCGGCCAUAUUUAUCAUAUAUACAAGAUCGAAUUGUUUCACUUAAUCUCUCAGAUGAUUAUAGAACACCGGAUCUACCUCAAAUAUUUCUCUCCUGUGGUUAUCGUAUCAAUCAAUUUAUUAAUUUGAAAUCUCUUACAAUUAGUUUUUACUCUUUCGCCGUUUUAAAACAGACAAUAUUUGAAUGUCGUGAACUUUUGCAUCUUACACGUUUACAUAUUCAUACAAAUAAUAAUCAUGACAUAGAGAAAAAUUCGCGCGAGUUAAUAGACAAAAUUUGGAAUUUACCUAAACUAAGUCAUUGUUAUCUGGAUAUUAAAUAUUCACAGUCAGUUUGGUUCAUUCCAAUAUCAAAGAUAUCACAAUCAAUUCAUUAUUUAUCUACUAUAGGCACAUCAUAUAACCUUAACGGUUUAUUAAAUUUAUUUGAACAAGCACCUAAUCUUAAACGACUUGAUAUGGGUGAUUUUAGUGAAGAUCAUGAUACACAAUUAACGCAAACUAAUUUUUCAUCACUUAUUUCAUUGAGUAUGUCAACUUCUGUAUCCAAAGAAUCGAUGGAAUUACUUUUUCAAGUCAUACCGAAUUUAUGUUAUUUAACAAUCCAAUUGGAUAAUACUUAUUUAGAUGGACAUGCAUGGGAACAGAUUCUUAUCAAAUAUUUAAAGAAUAUCAAACGCUUUCGAUUAAAAAUGACAAUUGGAUUAGGUUCACAUAAAGACAUCGCAGAACAAAUCGAGGAAUUAUUAGAUUCAUUUCGAACCACAUUUUGGAUAGAACAACAUCAAUGGUUUGUUCGAUGUGAUUGGGAUCCAAAUGAUAUAUAUCCGAAGGCUAUUCUAUAUACUCUUCCUUAUGCCUUUGAUUCAUUUUCGUAUGUAGGUGGUAAUCAAUCGAAAUCAACUUGUCCAAACGAUUUGGAUUAUUCAUUUUAUAAUCAAGUUCAUACACUUGAACAUGUAGAUAAUACAAAUUAUGAUUCGAAUAAUUUAACUUUUUUACCUAUACGAUGUAUUAAUGUUCGCCAUCUCAAAAUUAAGUUUCCACUUCAUGAUCAUUUUUGGUCACUUCUACCGAGAUUAGAUCGAUUGACUUCUCUUGAUGUAGGACUAAAUGAUGAUUCUGAUUAUGCACAAUUACAACAAUUACUAGAUCAAGCAUCUCAUCUCGACACAUUACGAUUUUGUCACAUGAGAAAAUUUUCAAUGAAAUCAUUCAAUAUUAACAGUAAAUCCAUUCAAGGACUUGAAUUUUUUCAAAAUUCUGGAUUUCGUUUCCGAUAUUUCAACAGUGAGGAAUGUGCUAUACUAGCUAAUACAGCACUUGCUUCACAGUGUAAAUUUCUUGUCAUUGAUGUUAAAAACCGGAGAGAUAUUAUCGCAUUAGUCAAUGCCAUGCCGAAUCUUCAAGCAUUGAGUAUUCUUUGUCAAGAUAAUAAAAAGAAUCAGCAUCAACCAAUUGAAGAAAAUGACAGUUUAACACAAUGGUUACACGAUCAUUUACUGCUUCCUUACACAUAUUCAAUUACUCGUAAGGGAUAUACAAACGUACCUCUGAUUAACUUAUGGUUUAACAGAGGAGUAUAA